AUGCAAUCGAAUCGAGGGACAUUUUCGAUAGGCGAGGCACGACACGAGCGCACGACGACGCCCGAGGGGGCAUCCCGCACGCCGUCCGUCCGCCCGCCCAAACACGCCAUCCGUCGCCAAACGGAGCCGGAAGCCGGCAACGCCCCGUGGUGCGCCAGCCCGACGCCCGGACGGGCAUCAAGCUCGCUGCACGGCGCAUGCCCGCCCCCGGCUCGGGCGUCCAACAUACCGUCGCCGAAUGGGGGGCGAUCCGGCACGCCAGCAUCGGCCGCGCCCCCCGACCGACCGCCCGUCGGCCCCCGAGCCGGAAGCCGGCAACGCCCCGUGGUGCGCGAGCCCGACGCCCGGAGGGGCAUCAAGCUCGCUGCACGGCGCAUGCCCUCCCCCGGCUCGGGCGCCAUCGUGCGGCCCGUCGUCCAACAUUCCGUCGCCGACAACCCCGGCCGCCCCCGUCGCCGGAGGCAGCUCGGGGUGCGCCCGGCCGUGUGCCGGGCGGGGGAGCGAUCACCAAGCCGAGCCGUGCGUGCCGGUGUCACGUCCGACCCGUGCACGUCCAUCCGACCCGUCGCCGGAAACCGGUCGCCGGAGACCGGCCACCGGUCGCCGGCCGCCGCCGACCGCUCCCCCGCCCGGCACACGGUGCCCGACGCUGGGUGGGCGCCCGGGGCACCGCGGCUAGGCCACACGGCCAUCCUUGCCCGACGCCCCUCCAAGACACCCUCCCCCCCUAAAGAUACAUUUAGAGCAAAAUCCCAUGUGACCCCAGUAGACACUCAAAAGCUGAGGAGGCAUACCAGGCCACCGUGUACCCUGUGCAGGCCACAGUGGCCGAGCAGUGGCACACAGUGCCGCCCAGUCUCGGCCACAGUGGCCGGCAGUGGCACACGGUUGCCGGGCAGUGGCACACGGUGCCGCCCAGUCUCGGCCACGGUGGCCGAGCAGUGGCACACGGUGCCGCCCAGUCUCGGCCACAGCGCCACACACGCUUCCUGGCAACGUCUAGGCCGGCCUGACACGUCCCGCCGCACAGUGGCCCUCCAGUCCUGGCCACAUUGGCGGAGCAGUGGUAGACGGUGGCCGCCCAGGCUAGGCGACAUUGGCGGAGCAGAGACAGGGGGUCGCUGUCCAGUCUACGCCACCGUCGGCCACUUAGGCGGAGCAGUGGCAGACGGUGCCCGCUCAGGCUAG